AUGAUUUUACUAAACAUUCAUAACCCUCUCCCUUUCGCCAACUGUUUCGCUGUCUGUGUCAAAUUAGUACUCUUUAAAAUUGCCUCAUUUUGAAGUAAUUGGAAAAGUUAGCGGUAUGUCUUCGGAAAUAUAUUGAAGUUAAUAUAUUGAAAAAAUUAAUAUGAUUUUGCCAACUUUUUCUUUUCAUUCCACUGUGAUCUCUUCUUUUUUUCUGUACAGAUGCGCAGUUAAAAAAUCACCGGUUACUGUCAUAAUUGUUAUUUUUCCAAAGAUUUUCAAAAAUUCUUUUAUUGUUCAUUCCGUGUAUAAAUUAUUUUCAUCAAAUGCAAUAAAAAACUUUUUUCAAUUUACUAACAACCUGCUUGCAAGAGGGAGAGAGAGUGUGUGUGUGUGUGUGUGUGUCUCAUGAUUUUUUCCACGAUUACCUGUUUUCUUUUUAUAUUUUUCAUACAAUCGAAUGAAAGAAAGAGGUUGAAUUAAAUUGGGCAUAAAAAAAUAGUAUCGACAGCCGAAAAACUGACCUGAUAAGUUUUUUGAAAAGUUGGAAAACGUGAUUUGCAUUUAUAUUUAGCUUGCAGUAUGUUGAAACUUGGCUAUUUCUGCCUCAAAACCAGACAAAUGUCGUUAUUAGCCAUUUAGAACAAUUUCGUGAAAAAAUACUCUCAAACCGGUAUAAACUGGAAAUAAAUUCAUCGUUUUGAGUUUAAAAAAAUGAAUGGCAAUAUUUACUGACUUGACGAUUUAAAAAAAUUGUACAUAUUAAACACAAACUUAAUGUGUAAGGCACAAAAUGAAUUUUGCAAAAGCAUAGCCGCUUUAAGAAUCAAUUUAGAAUAGAGAAGAAUUCCCGCGAAACUUCGUGGUUAUAGGUUUUGAGAACAAUGUAGAAGAAUUCUCUUGAUAAAAACAAAACAUUAAAAAAAUCCAUAUUUUCGGGGGAUAAACUAACUGAAGGCCGAUAAAAAUUACACGCUUCGAGUAUUUCGAGUAGAAGCGAAAAAUAAUUGAAAAAAAUUGCAAUCUAAUCGAUUUCAAGUUCAUUCAAAAAGCAUAAGAAAGUUUUUUGUCUGAAAAAGCCUUAUCCGACUAGUUUUUUAAGCGGUUGUUGUUUUUUCUUUCAAACCUCAGAGUCAGGUCAAACAGUUUUUGAAAUUUACAGAGACGGUGAAAGAGAAUGCCAAAGCGACGGAAUCCUUGAAAUCGCGAUGUGAGGCGUCGGAACAGCUCGCAGCUCGACUGGAGCACGACCUCCUUCGCGCCACCGGCUCUUCGGUAUAGUUUUUCUUAAUUUCACUUCAACUUUUCGAAUUCAAGAACGUAGUGGAGCGUUCAACGCUGGAAGUCUUGAAAGAAGCGUCGCAGGAAACGGAAUCCGAGCUGCCGAUUAUGCCGAUUUUGACCGCGCAGCGAGAUCGGCUGCAUGAAAAAGUUUCCCACUUAGAGGAGGUUAGCGGUGGGUUCUUAGAGACUCAGUUUUUAAUUUUCUUUUUUUGAGUUUUCUUUCUGCGAGCUCAAUUUAAUGUUGCACCAGUUUUCAAGCUUUUUUUAAUGAGAUGAUUUUUCACGUACAUGAUUUUGUGUGGACAAAUAGAUUCAAGAAAAAUCCCUUCAGCUUCUUUCGACGGAAAGAAGUCGUCAGAUCACGGCUCAACUGGAGCUGGAGAAGGUCCGUGAAGACAACGUCAAGUUGUACGGAAAGAUCAAGUACCUUCAAGGAUGUGGUUUGCGAGAGACUUUUGUCUCAUCUUUUCCAAGUUUUUAAGGCGGUGGAUCUAGUGGCCCUAGUGCGAGCACCAACGUCCUCGUAGAGAGUUACAACGACCAAUAUGAGAGCAAACUCGACCCUUUCAGGUUGGUUUUCGCUUUGAGAGGGAACUCCAUUCACCGCAAGCUUGGGAAAGUAUCCUCUUCGCACACUUUCUAAUUUAGUUUGGCAAUACUUUUGUGGAAAUGUCUUGAGCCAGUGGUCAAACACCUUCCUUGUUUUCUUUCUGCAUCCGCAAAUAUUUUUAUGCUUUUGCGAUUUCCAAAUCUCCAUAGAGUGAUUAAUUAAUUUUCAAUGUUUUAGGGCUUUUUUGGAAAUACCCAGGAGAGAAUGUCUAAAAUCAGCCUUUUCAGAAAGUUCAACGUCCAAGAAACCCAACGAGGUUACGCGAAACUAAAACUUCAUGACAGAGCAACUUUGAGCAUUGUGAGUAAUAGGGAUCGUACGAAAAGGACGUUGUUUGUCGUAAAAAAAACCAACUCUUUUGGAAGAUGGUUUGUUACUUUAAGGCACGAAAAUGAGCAAGUGACAUAUGAGUCCUAAUCUGGAAUUUUCUGUAAAUUUACUUAAAAAUUCCAUAUUUUGGUUCAGACCUAGUUCCGCCUUAAUUGCGGAAUUUGAAAGUUCGUAUUUCUAAAGCUGUAAUUUUGCGUAGAUAGCGACUAUGCGGGUCGAUUUCCAGUCCUUCGAAAAAUUUUCGAGCAUAAUUAGAGGAAACUUCAGAAGGCUAGGUAAAAGAAUGUGAAGAGAGAAAAAGCGAAAAAAAAAAAUUUGUUAGAAGCACAUCACACUUUAGAAGAUGAAAACUUGAAACAAACUGCCUUUAACAAUAUUAAAUUCGUUCGAAAGGUAUAUGAAGGGCGUUGAGAACUUUUUUUUUCAAAAACAACAUUUAAAAAGCUCGAAAGUCGACUUGAGGGCCGCGCCGUGAUGACGUCACCUAGAGCUCGAAUGUCCUUCUUCUUCUACUUGAUUUUCCUGCACGUGAUGAUCAUGAUGGUGAGUCCGAUGACUCCGAAACCAAUCUUCUUUUUGACCUCUUCAGGUGCUCUACAAGUUCGCAUUCGAGCAAUCCUCGCUUCGCGACGCAGACGCCGAUUGCACACACCAAUUCCAGCAACACAUGCUUGAGCAUCAUACAAGCAAUGGUCAUUGA